ACGUUUUUUUUUUCGAUCACCGAACCUGCUUCGGCCUACCGCAUCGACGAUUGCGCACCCGCCCCCAGAAAACCCACUUCCGCGAGCUGAUCCUCAUCCCCCCCUCUCCUCCUCGAGCCGGCUGUCGAAUUAAAGAAAAAGAAGAAAAAGAAGAAAAAAGGGGGGGAACCCAUCAUCGACCUCUAGAUAGUCCGCAGCAUUCCCUGGUCGACGCGCGCGCAGCUCAGCCUAAGACUCUAAUUUCCCUCCAGAAGCAGCAGGACGAGGCGGCGACAAGAAGACGACACAACCUUAUUUUUGGGGAUUCGCACCUUUUCCUCCCGAGCAAUGGCGAGCUCGAAUCCGCAGAAUGUUAUUAGGAGGAAACUAGUCAUCAUUGGCGAUGGAGCUUGUGGAAAGACCUCUUUACUGAGCGUCUUCACCCUAGGAUACUUCCCAACCCACUACAUCCCCACCGUAUUCGAGAACUAUGUGACAGACUGCAGAGUAGACGGCAAGUCGGUACAAUUGGCGCUAUGGGAUACGGCGGGACAGGAGGACUACGAGCGGCUGCGGCCGUUGGCAUACUCAAAAGCGCAUGUUCUUUUGAUAGGGUUUUCCAUCGAAUCGCCCGAUUCUCUUGACAAUGUAAAGCACAAGUGGGUAGAAGAAGCGACGGAGCGAUGCCCAGGCGUCCCGAUCAUCCUAGUGGGAUUGAAGAAGGAUCUUCGAGAUGACCCCGUAGCGAUUGAGGAGAUGCGCAAGAAGAGCCUCAAAUUCGUGACGGAACGGCAGGGCGAAGCCGCCGCCCAGGAGGUCGGAGCACGCAAAUACCUCGAAUGCUCGAGUCUCAGCGGCGAGGGCGUUGACGACGUGUUCGAGGCCGCCACCCGCGCGGCCCUGCUCACCUUCGAAAAGGGGGAGGGCGGCGGCUGCUGUGUGAUAUUAUGAAUGGCAGGCGCGAGUCGUCCGCCGAAGCAAGGCCGGAGUGACGAAGAGCAGUGGACGAGCAGGCUGACGAUCGGACGCACGAGCAAGCGGAGAGAGCGGACAUCGAUAAACGAAAAAAUUGGAGCGAGACG